CAGAUAAAUGGAGAGUAGAAGCAUCCAAGCCCUUUCGGCGCACAGGCAACCCAUUGGCCAUGAAUAUCUUGGCGCCUCUUCUAUUUUUAUUUCUUAUUUUAGCCUGCAAAGCACGGAAACCAAAGGCACAUGAUGACCGAUGCCAGAUCACCUUUCAAACGUCCAAAACCAAGUGCUCGCAGCAACGAUGGUAUUUAGAUCAGAAAACCAAACGAUGCCUACAAAGUUGCGACCCAGCAGCGCCCUUUUCAAACAAAAUACAGUGCGAAGGCGUAUGUCGAAAUGGCGAAGUUUGUGAUUACCCGAUGGCGAGCGUAAUCUGCUUUGGCGAGGUGUUUCCUGUGUACAUUUAUAAUCCCAACAAGGGAAGAUGCUUCUUCGCAUACGACUGUUCCUACUUCGGAAACAAGUUUCCCACUCUAGGAGAAUGUCAGCGCACCUGUGGAAAGCGUACCGGCAGCCGCCUACUUCCAGGCCUAACAGACAAUUUGGUUCCGCAAGUUGCAUUGCAGUCUACAAUAGCUGCUGGAUCAGGGCUAGUGGCACAACAAACAGGAACAGCUGCAGGGGAACAACAAUCGGAAGGCAUCACAGCAACCGGCACCCACGUUGCCGGCUCUGCAGCCAAUUUCAGUCAGUCUGCAGGCGUAGGUCAAGCAACUAUGUUACAGUCGCAGUCGAGCCAUGGUACCGGAAGUGGAGUGACCCAAACAACAAACGCAGUCCAAGGCUCAGCGAUUCCGGCCAUGAGCAGCAGUCAAGUCUCUUCCCAGACAGACGUUGCCAAUGCAUCUCGGCCCGAUCAGCUACUUCUGCUGCCACCGAAAAAUCCACCGAUUGUGCAAGUAACAUUGCAGCAAAUAGCAACUGAACAACAAGAAGUGACAUUUUCGUCAGGGAUUGAUCAAGAAGCCUGCAAGCCACCCUGCAUGUUCAAUAUGUCGGUUCCACAGCAAGGUAACCUACAGCCGAACUUAACAGCUGUCAAGAUACAUGAAAAGCCAAAACGCCCUAGGACUGACAAGCGAUGCAAGGUUAUUGCCACUAUUCCAACAUACAAAUGUCGUGAAAGGUGGUUUUUCAAUAAAAAAACAGGAGCCUGCCUUCCAAGCUGCAGUAGAAGGGCACCUUUCAGGAACAAGAUAGCCUGCGAUGGAGUUUGUCGAUCUGCGGAAGCUUGCGAUUUCCCAAUGGCAAGCAUUCCCUGUUUUCGCCAGGUGCACGAAGUGUUCAUUUACAAUCCCAACCAGAAUUCGUGCUUCAAGGCAUACGACUGUUCUUAUUUCGGAAAUAAAUUCCCUACGAUGCAGGAAUGUCAAAGAACUUGCAGAAAGGGUGCAUCACACCAGCACUUGGCAGGAUCAGCAACGGGCACCUCUGUGCCAUCGACGCAAAUACGAAAUACCGGAUCUAGUGUGGGUAUCCAAACAGCUUCGUCAAAUUCAACUGCAUCUGUUGGAGCGGGUCUUGUUGGCAACGGAAUAGGAGCGGGUGGGUCACAACUGCACUUGUCAGGAUCAGCAACGGGCACCUCUCUGCCAUCGACGCAAACGCGAAAUACCGGAUCUACUGUGGGUCACCAACCAGCUUCGUCAAAUUCAGCUGGAUCUCUUGGAGCGGGUCUUUUUGGUAACAGAAUAGGCACCGGUGGAUCACAACUGCACUUGUCAGGAUCAGGAACGGGCACCUCUCAGCCGUCGACGCAAAUGCGACAUACCGGAUCUACUGUGGGUCUAAAACCAGCUUCGUCAAAUUCAGCUGCAUCUCUUGGAGCGGGUCUUUUUGGUAACAGUAUAGGCACCGGUGGAUCACAACAGCACUUGGCAGGAUCAGCAACGGGCACCUCUGUGCCAUCGACGCAAAUACGAAAUACCGGAUCUAGUGUGGGUAUCCAAACAGCUUCGUCAAAUUCAACUGCAUCUGUUGGAGCGGGUCUUGUUCGCAACGGAAUAGGAGCGGGUGGGUCACAACUGCACUUGUCAGGAUCAGCAACGGGCACCUCUCUGCCAUCGACGCAAACGCGAAAUACCGGAUCUACUGUGGGUCACCAACCAGCUUCGUCAAAUUCAGCUGGAUCUCUUGGAGCGGGUCUUUUUGGUAACAGAAUAGGCACCGGCGGAUCACAACAGCACUUGGCAGGAUCAGCAACGGGCACAUCUCUGCCAUCGACGCAAAUGCAACAUACCGGAUCUACUGUGGGUCAUCAACCAGCUUCGUCAAAUUCAGCUGCAUCUCUUGGAGCGGGUCUUUUUGGUAACGGAAGAGGCACCGGAGCAGGUCAAGACGGGUCAAGAAGCACCAUAUUGAGUGGCAGCCACGCAACAGGCGUAGCGACAAGUUUUAAUGCAUCUGCUGGCCAGCAAGCGGGCCCUUCAGUGCCAGUGAAACCAAAUGACGAAGGACGGGUGAUGCCAACACCAGGAACCGGCGGAGCAGAACAGCAAGUGCGAAAUGACAUCACGAACAUAGCCCACGUCACCGGCCAAGCGAGCAAUUCCGACACAACGGCGAAUCAACAAGCAGGUCCCUCGCAGCCUGGAAUGUCCACUGGAUCGGGUCUUGAAGGUCACCAACAGACGACAGGCAGUACACAAGGCUCCGGAUCCGCCUUGCUAUUGCCACAGCAACACAGCCAAACACGGCCAGCUCAGCAAGCAGCCCAAAGCUCAGUCCAACAGCAAAUCGCAAAUGUCACUGCAAGCAGUCCUCUAGCCUCAGCGCCCGUACCCAAUUCCGGAUCAAGUGCGGGUGAUCUGCCGGCUCCCUCCCUUUCAGCUACAUCAGUGGGUACAAGCCUGGUAGAACAGCCACUUGGAACAGCACACCUUUCUGCAAGCUCUUCAUUGAGUAGCGCGCAUGCGGAUGGUAACACAGCAGGCCUGUUAACGCAACAACUUGGUGUAACUGGUGCAGGUGUCUUGGCUGGGCAGCCAACAAUAGGUAGCACACAAGGAUCCGUUAACCAUGCUGGGAGCGGUGUCCAGGGAUCUGGCUUACCAAACAAUUCUAACGCCCCUGGAAUCCAGAAACCUGGCUCGUCUCAGCUUAUUAAACCCAGUGGCCCAGGAUACGAAUCGCCACAACCAGGCCAAGGGCAAAAUGAAUCGACGGGUUCCGAAGCCUCCGGCCAGACGACCACAGUGACACAGCAACAUCGCCAGAGUGACAAAAAAUUAUCGCUCAAAGAUGCAUAUGAUCACCGAUGUAAAAAUACAUAUAGCUGGCAAUCGGGUAACUGCACCACGGAACGAUGGUACUACAAUCGACGAACAAGAGAAUGUCGACCAAGUUGCAACCCUGCGGCGCCAUUUCUUGCGAAAAUAGAUUGCGAUGGCAUAUGUAGAAGUGCUGAAGCUUGUGACUUCCCGAUGGCAAGCAUAUUCUGCCUAAGGCCAAAGCAUGUGAUUUAUAUUUACAAUCCGAACAAGCGCAUAUGCUUCCAAGCUUAUGACUGUUCCUACUAUGGAAACAAAUUCCCUACAUUAGGGGAGUGUCGACGCACUUGCAUAAAAAGAUCCGCACAAAAGCCAUUGCCAAGUUCGACGGGAAGUAUCUCUCAAUCGUCUGGCCAGGCAUCGACUUCCGAUUCACGUCGGGGUCAGCAGUCAGCUCCAUCGCAGUCUGGUGCAUCUACUGGCGCAGGGCUUCUAGCGAACGGACAAGCAACGGCAGGUUUGCCUAAGUCUGCUCCAGCGCCGGCCGAGAAUACCACCUCCCCUCCUGCCAGCCAGAAUCCUAAGGCAUCUGCUGUGACUUCUUAUGGAAUCUCUUCAGAAGAUCAGGCAACAGUCAGUGUGAAGUCAAUCAAGAAAUAGCGAUGGCUCUCAGAUUUGCAGAUCAUUUAUAAGCAUAAUAGGGCAACAUCUCUAUGUCUAAAUAAACAUGGCAACAUCUCUAUCUCUAAACAAAUCUUGCCCACGAAUGUCCUUUUUUUCACGUUGAAAGCAAUCGGAAAGUUCGCGCGGUUUACUCACUUAUUCUGAAAAUUGUGUUUUUGACAACUGCGCGAGUAUUCUUGGCUUUCGCGCUGCGAACAACUGUGAUUUCAUGUUCGACUGAGCAGGGUGGUUGGAUUUCUCAGGAAUUAGUAAAAUACAGAAAUAAAGCAAUCAUGAUAACAAUUAUA